AGCGGAUGAAUGGGCAUCAGUGUCUGUCGGUAGUUUGAACGUUUAUAAUAAUAGCUGAGUGAAAAUAAAUACAAAUAAAAAUGAAACUGAUUGUGGUUCUCCUGCUCGUCGGAUUGGUGUGCGCCGUGUACGCUCAGGAUGCUGCCAAGGAUGCAGCAAAAGAUGCCACCAAGGAUGCCAAGGAUGCGGCGGGCAAAGCCAAGACCGAUCUGCCUGAUGCUUCCAAGGCGGACAAGGAUGCAGUGACCACCCCGGAUCCAAAGGAUGGUCAGAAGAAGGUGGAUGAUGCCGCGGCAAAGGGUAAGGACGCGGCGGCCAAGGCAAAGGAAGAUCUUGCCGGAGCGGGAAAGAAGCUUCAGGAUGCGUUCAAGCUAUGAGUAAAAUGUGUCUUUAACAUAACGGUUGAAGAUUGAUACGCAGUUAAGUUAUAAGUGAACAGUGCUGAAAUAAAAACGUUCUUCGCAAAAAUAAUAUAUUUAAAAA